AGAAGGAAGAAGGCUGGUGAUGUUUUCCUUCACAGUCCCUUGGUGCCCUCAAGCAGCGUGCCAGCGCUAUGCACCCGGCAGCCGGCAGCUUUGCCCCGGACGAGGACCCCCUGAUUGAGGAGCCCUUGGUGAACAGAUACAGCCGGCAAAAGCCAAAUGACCGCUUACAUGGGGCCUACAUUAUUUUUUUCCUGCUGGGCAUUGGGUCCCUGCUGCCCUGGAAUUUUUUCAUCACGGCAAAGCACUACUGGACGUACAAGCUGCAAAACUGCUCGGAUCAGGCAGACCCGGCGGGACAGGCAGCGUCAGAUCUGCGGGACUUUUUUGAGAGUUACAUCUCCAUUGCUUCGACUGUGCCCUCGGUGCUGUGCCUGAUCGGAAACUUCUUGCUUGUCAACAAGGUGCCCGCCAGCGUCCGGAUCCUGUCCUCCCUCUUCGUCAUGCUGGCCGUCUUCCUGGUGAUCACGGUGCUGGUGAAGGUCGACACCUCCGCCUGGACCACCUGCUUCUUUGCCCUCACCAUCGGCUGCGUGGCCGUCGUCAGCAGCGCCUCGACCGUCUUCACCAGCAGCAUCUUCGGUCUGAGCAGCCGCUUCCCCAUGAAGAACUUGCAGGCACUCGUCUCAGGUCAGGCCAUGGGGGGUACGAUCAGCGCCGUCGCCUCCGUGAUAGACCUGGCGGCAGCGGCCGACGUUACGGACAGCGCCCUGGCCUACUUCCUCACCGCCGACAUCUUCAUCGUCAUCUGCAUCAUGGUGUACCUCCUCCUUCCCAGGCUGGAGUACUCCAGGUAUUACAUGAGCAGCCAGGAGGAGAGCCCGUCUCUGGCCACCGUGCCACCCGACAGCUCCGCGGAGGACGAGGCAGAGCCAGGAGGCACCACAAAUACCUCCUUCCUCACAAAAAGCACUAGCAUCCCCCCACUCCGCCCCAUCCUGCAGAAGACCGCCCUCCUUGGCUUCUGCCUCUUCUACGUCUUCUUCAUCUCCAUCAUCAUCUUCCCUUCUCUCUCCUCCAACAUCGACUCGGUCAGCAAGUCCUUGGGAAGCCCGUGGAGCACCAAGUACUUUGCGCCGCUCACCAGUUUCCUCCUGUACAACUUCGCUGACUGGUGCGGGAGGCAGAUCACCGCCUGGAUCCAGGUGCCCGGCCCCAAGAGCAAGCUGCUGCCUGCCCUCGUCCUCCUCAGGACCAUCUUCCUCCCUCUCUUCAUCCUCAGCAACUACCAACCCCGGGCUCACAUCCGGAUGGUGGUCUUCAACCGAGACGUCUACCCGGUGGUCUUCACGGCACUGUUGGGACUGAGCAAUGGCUACCUGGGGACGCUGGUCAUCGUCUACGGCCCCAAGAUCGUGCCGAAAGAGCUGGCCGAGGCGGCGGGGGUGGUGAUGACGUUUUACCUCAUGCUGGGGCUGGCUGUGGGGUCCGCCUGCUCCGUUCUUGUUGUCCACCUCGUUUAGAGGAGCAGCCGGGGGGGGAUGCCCUCGUUUUGCGGUGCUGCUGUCGGGUAUUUAGGGUUUUUUUUUCCCCCAAAAGCCAGGCAUGCCGCGGUUUUGGGGCAGGCUGCCUGUCUUGGGUGGGGUGGGUGCAUCCAGGGGGAAAGUCCUCCUUCUGGGAAGGGGUAUCCCCUGUGCUUGGGAGGUCCGGUCGGAUAUUUGUCGCUCCCCGGCUCGACCAGAGCAAACGGACCAAAAAAGCCUCAUCCUCCCCAGGGAGCUCAGGGAAGCACCGGGGGCACAGGGAAACCUGUCCCUCGCACCAGUGCCAGUGGGCAAGGGUGGCUUGCUGGUGCCACCACGCUAGUUUUAAACUGAAACUCUGGGGCUUUUGAUGGCACCUUGGAUUUUGCUGCCUCCUUGUUACGAACUUAGCCCUGCAGUGUUUUGGUGGUCUUGGGGGGGAUCCCCCUUCAUCAAGCUGUGAUGGCGGUGUUGAGCUAAAGGGGAUCUGAGCCCUGGAGCACCUUCAAGCAAGCUUCGGGAGCGGAUAGCAGCCGCGCCGGGGAGCAGGACACCGUUUCGGGGGAUUUCAUACAUUCAUGCCACAAAAAAGGGAAACCUCUUCACUUGGACUUCGUCUUGCUUUAAUUUUUCCAGAUAAGAUUGAAUUGAGGGAUCAUCCACCUCCCAGCGUGGUGCUGCUAGUGCCAGGGCUGUAUGUCAUGGCCAACCUGAGACCAUUUCUCCUGCUGCGGCCGCAGUGACGGUCGUGGACGCCAACUUACCUGUCUGCAGCUGAACCCCGAGGAAAGCGAAAUGCUAAGUGGUCCUAACCUAAGGUUUUUAAGGUGCCUUUAGUCUGCGUCGAGAAAGGUCUAUAAAAGCCAGGGAGAGGUAUUGGAGAGGCUCUGAUGUGACGUUCACAGCAGAAAGCUGAUUAAUUUAUGUAGACAGGCAGCAUAUGAUCUCCAGAUGUUUUCAGAGGAGUGAGCUACUGUGACACCCAAAAAUAUGGCCCACCCAAAGAGAACUGGCUUUUAAAGUCACUUAAACUUCCCUAUGUAAAUGCAGCCUGGACUAAAUACAAUUACUGUAUUUAUUUUUGCAAAUUGAGUGGCUUUAUGGUCUAGGAGAGGUGAAUUGGUAAGCAAGGAUGUAAUGGUGUAACUUGGCAUUGCAGCUGCUGCCUCAGGGAUGCUAGCUAUGGAAAACACUUCCUUUUAAGACUGGGUUAUUAGCAGAUGCUCUGUUAGUGGGAUGCUCUCUCAGCGUCUCCUGCUUGACCGAGUAGCAGUGAAGCUGCUGGUCUGGGUUGCCAGGCCGUCUCCUUGCUGUGCUGGGUGCGGUGGUUAGCGAGAGGGAGGAUGCAGGGCUGGUGCCUUUCCACCCGCAGCCGCCCUGGCUUUGCUGGGAGAACAGCAGGAUCGACGGUGGUUAUUGCCACGGGGUGACAUGUAGGCUUGGUGGGUCUUUUUUUUUUUUUUUCCAUAUAAAUCCUUUCCAGUGUUUCGUUUGGGCUCGUUGGCAAUACACACGCAGUUUUGCUUUACGGCUGAUUUUUAUUUAAACGUAAAAUCCAGACGCGAGUGGGAAAAUUUACAGGGCGUGGGGUAUCGAGGAGCAGCUUCACGGCACACGACUUUUGCACGUGUGGGCUCUUAAUCCUGUCGCUUCAGUAGGUUUGCAGCCCCUCAGCCCCUGACGCUUGGCCAGGGGCCGCUUUGGCCAGCGUCCCCCCAGGUGAAGGUCCACCUCCGCUUGAAGGGCAGCCCAAGGGCUGAGGGUAGCGAUGCUGGCCGGGUGCUGCUCAUGGCAGGUAAGCGCUACCAUCACCUCCGUGGGUGCUGGAGCAUUGCUUGGAGUUAAUGUGGUAGUCGGUCGUGGCUGAAAAGCCCAAGCCAACCUUGUGUUGGCAACCAAAAUGUCCCUUUGCAGCCUUCGGUGCUUCCCACUUGAGAGCCUGCCGCGUGGUCUGCUCUCCUCAACUCAUCCAUUUUCCCCCGGUCCCAGGUAUGAUGAGAUUCUGCUUGUUGACUGACUGCUUUGCACCUCUACUGAUCCUCUCCCUCAUGUUACAGACCAAAUACCUCUUGAGACAGAACUUAAUUAUCCGGUACCGUUGCUAAUAAAGUUAAUUCUUGAUACUGUGCAA